AUGUCAUAUGUCGACGAUAUACGGAUGGCUGUUACAGGCCAUUUCAAUUUCUGGAAGAAUGUUGGCAAAAUCUGCGACCUCCUCCAUCUUCUUGGCAUAUGUCUCCGGUGCCCUACCACCAUUGGCAAGCGGUAUUCCGGACCACUCAUUCACCCUCACUGGUCUGCGACGCAAAUUCCGAGUCCCGCUGUGACGUUCACAUUGUUCGACAAUCUCGUAGUUCUCAGGUUGAGCGUUGCCUCCUGCUCUCAACAAGCCCAGUCUUGGCUCUCCAGCGCAACAAUCUCAGCUACAUGUCAAACCCGGUUCAACCGCCUCGCCCCACCUUCUCUGAGAUAUGAGCUGACCAGCAACAUCCGCUCUCCGUCCUCCGAGAUAAUCACUGCCGCGCGUUACGGAGCUGAACGAUUGAGUGCAGAUGGCUGGACGACCCAGCGAGCGUUCAACGUACCUCCAUUGCCAUCGUGGACAUCGUUAAAGCCUUGCUCGAUGCGCUCACAUCGACAUCGACCCCACAAUACCGACAUCAAAGCUGCGACAGUGCAGGAAAUCAGUACCAUCAAUGUCGACGAGCGGUACGACGCUCAAGCAGCAUACCUCUUGCUCAGGCGGCAUAUCUCUACCUAUGCUCAUGUCUUUCUAGCCUCGAACAAACAUCAACUGAACACCGUUGUUCAAAGGCUUUACGGCACUCCGCCCCCGAUUCGUUUCAAGACCGACAGAAGCGGAAACAGUUGGUUAUCCACUGUCUUUGUCAAUGAUGAACUACGGGGAAGGGGCGCGGCUAACAGCAAAGCUGGGGCGGAAGAAAAUGCCGCCGCGAACGCCCUCCAACACUACGCCGCCACGGACACGCUCUGA